AUGUCUGGCAGCGUUGGCACUUCGUCAGAGGAGGAGAAAUUCUCCCCCAUGACAAACAGCCACCCAGUUGACUCUCCAGCUGUGAAGAACUGCUCGUCUAGUGACGAUUUAGUUGAGGCCGACGGUUUCCGUAAGAAAGGCCAAAUAUGCUCACGUUUGAUAAACGUGCUGAAAGGACGAGGAGCAGAAAACGACGUCUUAGCGAGCCGCGCUCGGGCAGUGCUUAUUGUUGGUCUAGUUUCUCUCUUGGUGGCCGCGGCAUGCGCUGCACUAUCCAUCGUGACUGCUUACAGAAGAGAGCUGUACGCGUACGGGGUUCUAGAGCUCCUUCUUGCCGGUCUGGUUCUAUUCUUUGCAUGCCAAGCCAGCCUCUACCAAGAUCCGGCUCACAGUCUGCUCUUUGCGGCCUCGUCUCUGUGCAUGGCCUUUCUGCAACUCAUCUGGAUCGCCUUCGGCGCUUACACAGUGAUCACCGUCGAGGAAGAAAUAAGCCGUGUGGAUGACACCGGCGCAGAUCCAGCAGAUCUGCUUGUGUAUGCCACCCUCCGAAUUCUGCAGUGUCUCUUGGCCGCCAUCGCACUGCUCUCCUAUAUCAUCAGUGCUUGUGUUGGAUUUCGACUAAGAGAGUUUCAACUCCAGCCUCCCAUCGUCAUCGUGGCAGCAAAACAAGAACACCGCAAAACUGUUCGCUUGGAGCCUCCGUUUGAGGCCUCCGGCAACGACAUUCCGGUGACGACUUCCUCGAGGACCUCCUAG